AUGGAGGCAGUUGAACGCAGAUCAAUGAUCAGGUUCUUAUCUUUAAAAGGUUGCACACCAAAAGAGAGUUUUGAUGAGCUGAAAGAAGUUUAUGGUGACGACGUAGCAUCAUACGACGUAGUGAAGCACUGGUAUCGCCAGUUCAAAUGUGGUCGGACAUCGGUGGAAACCAUUCCUACUGCUGGACGACGGCAUUCCGCCAUUGAUGACGACGCCGUCCAUAAAGUGGAAGCCGCCAUUUUGAAGGCUCGCUGUAUAACUAUUCGGCAAGUAGCCCCAGAAGUGAAGAUAAGUGUAGGGUCCAUGGAAAAAAAUCAUUCACGACCAUUUGCACUUGCGGAAGCUGUCUGUACCAUGGAUUUUCCGGACGCUCGCACCUUUUCGGAAACAGAAAGGAGUCAAUUGCCCCCAGGCUCUUUUGGCAAUGUGCCAAGAAAACGAGGAAGAUUUUUCGAAGGGAUUAUCACAGAGGAUGAAACAGGGGCCCUCACUAGGGUCCUGAGACUAAAGUCUAGUCGAAGCAAUGGAAGCAUAACUCACCACCUCCUAAGAAGGCUCUUGUCCAACCCUCAGCAGGCAAGGUGA